AUGUCUGAUUUCCAAUUACAAAUAUUAAAACUUGUGAAUGAUAAUAAUGGUGUUAUUGAAAACACCCUUAAGUCCUCAGAAUUAUCUAAAAUAGAUGCCAAUACUUUACAUGCUAACUUGACUUCCUUAUGGGCCAAGGAAAUGAUUGUUUUCAAUAAAAUUGAAACUGAUAAAUGGAUUUUAACUAAAGAAGCUCAAGAAUAUCUUAAAGUCGGAGCGACUCCAGAAGUUCAAGUUGUUGAUGAAGUUUUAAAAGCUUUGGAAGGAUUGACUAUUUCUAAAUUAAAAGAAAACUUGGGUAGUAUCGGACUUGUUGGACAAGGUAAAGCUUUCAAAAACAAAUGGUUGAGUAAAGAUGGUGAUAAAUUAAUUGCCAAUGUUGACAAAUUACCAGAAGAUGUUGUUUUAAACGAAUUGAAAACAAUUAAUGAAACCGGUACUUUGGAUGAUAAAAAAGAAUUGAAUGAAUUGAAAAAGAGAAAAUUAAUCAGUUUAACCAAGAUUGUUGGUUAUAAAAUUGAAAAGGGACCUAAAUUUGCUCUUGAAAUUGUCAGUUUGGAAACUGAUAUUACUUCCGAUAUGGUUUUGAACCAAACUUGGAAGGAUGCUCAAUUCAAACCAUAUAACUUCAACUCUGAAGGUGUCUAUCCAUCUUCUGGUGCUUUACAUCCUUUGAAUAAAGUUAGAGAAGAAUUUAGACAAAUUUUUUUCUCCAUGGGAUUCACUGAAAUGCCUUCUAACCAAUAUGUUGAAACUGGUUUCUGGAAUUUCGAUACUUUGUUUGUGCCUCAACAACAUCCAGCUAGAGACUUGCAAGAUACUUUCUACUUGAAAGAUCCAAAGACUGCUAAAGAACCAGAAGAUAAAACAUAUUGGGAAAAUAUUAAACAAGUUCAUCAAGAAGGUAAAUACGGUUCUAUUGGUUACAGAUACCCAUGGAAAGCUGAAGAAUCAUUAAGAAUGGUUUUAAGAACCCAUACAACUGCCAUUUCUGCUGCUAUGUUGCACAAAUUAGCCCAAGAUCCAAAACCAACUAGAUUGUUCUCUAUUGAUAGAGUUUUCAGAAAUGAAGCUGUUGAUGCUACUCAUUUGGCUGAAUUCCACCAAGUUGAAGGUGUUUUGGCUGGUUAUGAUAUCACAUUAGGUGAUUUGAUUGGUUUCAUGGAAGAUUUCUUUGGUAAGAUGGGUGUUGACAACUUGAGAUUCAAAGCUGCUUAUAAUCCAUAUACCGAACCAUCUUUGGAAAUUUUCGCAUACCAUAAAGGUUUGAAGAAAUGGGUUGAAAUCGGUAACUCUGGUAUGUUUAGACCAGAAAUGUUGGAAUCUAUGGGUUUACCAAAGAAUUUGAGAGUUUUGGGUUGGGGUCUUUCAUUGGAAAGACCAACUAUGAUCAAGUAUGGUGUUUCUAACAUUAGAGAGUUGUUGGGUCACAAGGUUUCAUUAGACUUUAUUGAAUCCAAUCCAGCUGCUAGAUUAGAUGAAUUCUUGUAG